AGAAAAUAUCCCAACAAAAGAGAAGUUUUAGCCUCAACGUCUAAAUUAAAUUUGCCAGAAUAUGUACAUUGUGGAGCGAUGCGAAUCAACAUGAGAGCGAUGGCCACUCCGAUCAUGGAGGAAGUGGACAAUAAUUUAAAGGUCCGGACGGGUAUGGUGAAGGUGAGUGAUGGCAAGACUAGACCAACCCCCAUGAGACUGCAUCUGUCCAUGGAGCUACUGAAGCUGCAGAAGGAAGAAAUCUCCCCAAUAAACAGGAACCACAACCACAAACCAUCUCCUACGGACUCUAGGGUGAGGAUAGUAGGGGUGACCAGACAGAAGGAGGGAGGUCUGGGACUGAGUAUCAAGGGAGGAGCCGAGCACAAGCUGCCGAUCCUCAUCUCUAGGAUAUUCAAAGGCCAAGCUGCGGACCAGACGGGGGAACUGUUUGUUGGAGACGCCAUCAUUAAAGUCAACGGAGAACUGAUCACAGCUUGUCAACACGAUGAAGCAGUCAACAUUCUGAGGAACGCAGGAGACAUAGUCAUGUUGACCGUCAAGCACUACAGAGCUGCUACUCCCUUCCUGCAAAAGCCAAAUGAAGAAGAGAGAGUGUUGGACAAUGAGGAGGAGACAGCUGGUGAGGGGGAGGGAGGAUGGAGACUGAGCCAUCACGGAUCUACAUCAUCCAUCGCACAGACACAAGUCAGAUGGGUGGACAUCAUCACUGUUCCUCUGAUGAUGGCGUAUGUUACCCGCUACAUUUUCGGCACCGACAAGCUGCGACCAAAUGCGUUUGAAGUUAGAGGUUUGAAUGGCUCCAGCACAGGAGUCGUGCAUUGUGACGAUGCAGCUAUACUCUCCCAGUGGCUUAAAUACAUCACAGACAAUAUCAUGGGACUUACCCACUUACAAAUGAAACUGUACAACAGAAACUUCCCAGCAGCAGAGAGAAUCGAGUACAUGGGUUGGGUGAAUGAAGGAAUCCUCAACAACAACCAGCCGUGGCAGAGCUACCGGCCGCGCUUCCUCACUCUCAAAGGCACAGACGUGCUGCUGUUUGAGUCACCUCCGCUCAACAUCGGGGACUGGCUCGAGUGCAAGACGGUGUUCAAGGUGUACCAGUCGAUGUUGCGGGUCAUCAAAGACUCGGAGAACGUGGACGAGAGACAACAUUGUUUCCUGAUCCAGACGUCGGGUCAGGAGUCUCGCUACUUCAGCGUGGAGACUCGGCAAGAGCUGCUGAGGAUAGAGAGUGCCUGGCAUUGCUCAGUGUGUGCGGCUGUCAUGAAACUGGGGAGUAAAACCUUCAACGUGACGACAGCCAACGGAGGCACCAGCGCUGGCCUCACUCUAGACUGGAACCUUGGGUUUGCGCUGUACGACAUCCAGGCCCGGACGUACUCCUGGCAGUACAAGUUCUCCCAGCUGAGAGGCUCGUCAGACGAUGGCAAGAGUAGACUCAAACUGCACUUCCAGGACUCAGAAACAAAAGCCAUAGAGACUAAGGAGUUGGAGUGCCCCACAUUGCAAGGGUUGCUGUUCUGCAUGCAUGCGUUCCUAACCGCUAAAGUCGCCUCAGUCGACCCAGCCUUCCUCAGCUCCAGAACGCCCUGAGCGCUCCUACUUCUCUCCACUUCAUACAACCUCUAUGUCGCGACAGUAAACGUUAAUUUUCAUGUUCUUUUAUAAUGCAAUAGUAUCCAUUGUAUACAGUUUUUAAUAUUUAAGAUUUUUGUUGUUUGUAAAACUGAUUUAAAAUUGUGGUCUAGACAUUCCAGUUAAUGUAGCAUUCCGUUUUCAUUGUUCCUCUUAAUGUUUUUUAAUAGUUUUUCUUACGUGUACUUUUAGUGUUAUUUAUAUUGCAGUGAAUUUUUCAAAAGAAAAAUUAAUAAUCAGUAUUUAUAUUUUGACAAAUAUAUUUGAAAACAAAACAUAGCAAGAUAAAAAUUAUGUCCAAGAUUAUAAGAGCAGGUGUACAAAAUGUGCUUUUUGAAAAAUAUAAGCCCAAGACUUUUUUACUAAGAAUUGUUUAAAUUGUACAAACAUUACUAAUUACUAUGAUAUGCAAUAAAAUUACAGUAUAUGAAAAUGAUUUAAACUCUUUGCAAAACGUCUAUUCUGAGGAAUAACUUUAAAAGAAUGUCUUCUGAAUUAAGUUAAAUCUUUUUUUUAUAUUGAUGCUAUAAUUUUAUUUCAAAAUCUUACGGAAGACAUUGUAACCUUUGAACAUGAUACUUGUAUGGAGUGGAAGAAGGGACUUUUGAUUUGAUUUAUAAUAUACAUGCAUAUAUUAGAGAUUGCAUUGAUUAAUUCACUAUUUGAAUCACAUACCGUACCUGCUAGCAUGAAUUUGAAUUUGUCAUGAAUUGUUGCAAAAUGUUGUGCAUGAUCAAAUCAGUAAAAGCAUCUUAAAGUCAGAUAUGCUUGAAUAAAAAGAGCAUGUAGGUCCUCAAAGAUUUUGGAAUUUUUUUAUUAAUUGAAUGGCAAGGAGAGAUUAUUUCCUCAGUAAUAUUUAAUUUUGUAAUACCAAUAAAUAUUGAUGUUUGAAAUGUCAAAAACAUUCAAAUAGUUAAAAACUAGUUGUAUCUCAAGUAAAAUACAAACUUUUAUCUGUCAAUCUUUGGAUGGUUUGAAAAUUUUCAAAUUUUAUAUUUGAUUAAAUAAAUAAAUCUUAAAACUAAUUCUUUUGCAAUUAACUCCUUAAAAUUGCAAUUUUUCUAUAUUAUACUAUUAUUCAGCAAUUCAAUUAAGUAAUGUUUGUGGUCCACUUGUUCUUGUUAUUCAACAAAAGCUAGCAAACAAUUACCUAUAACGAUACAAUAACUUUUCUAUUUAUUAGCUUAGGGCCCCAAACAUCCUUUGUAUAUAGAUAUUAGUAAUUCUAAAUGUAUUAUAUGUACAAACACGGUUGUAAACUUGUUUUUAUUAAUUGUAAUUUUGUUAUCCUAUUAAAUGUUUAUCCAUGUACAUUAAGUGUAUAUACAUUGAAAUGUUAUAUAUUUUCUAUAUAUGUUAUCUAAUUAAAGCUUUUUAAUGUUGAACUGUUAUUAGUUUAAGGAAACGUUACCUCAUUAAAUGAUUUGCAUGAUGAACUAUUUAACCAACCUGUAACAAAUAAAGUUGACUUCAAGGGGGUGCAUGAAGAUUUUUCACAAACAAUGUUCUCACUAUCUUUUCUUUAUUUGAUAGACAUAUCUUAACAAAAGACUAACAGUUUAAAUAACGUCUUAAAAAUUUAUCUAAAAAAUCUUAAAAUGAUCAA